AUGGCCGUUCACAAUGACCUUGCUUGGAAGGAAACCGAAGAGGGACGAUGGGAACGCAAUAUAGAUGAAGCAGAGCAAUUCUAUACCACACUUGCCAGAAAGUUUGGUGGAACUGGCAGAACUUUCUUUGCCAUGACCGCUCAUGUUUCUUUCUCCGUCCCUUUGGAAGGGAGAAACUCCUUUGAUCAAGUCGUGACUGCGCUCAGAAGCGCAUGGUUGCAACUUCGUUAUGAUCACCCGACCAUUGCCUCGUGGGUAGAAUAUGACACAAAAAGCAACCGAUGCAAGAAAGUAUAUAACGCCCUUCCCCAUGGUGACAACUUGCACCGUCAAACCUGGGUAGAUGAUACAUUCAAAAUUGUCACGAACGGCCAAACAGGGAAAGAGUGGUGUAAUUCCGAUCCUCCCGUCCCUAAGUUGCCGACACUGUUUCUCCUCACCCGACCUGUUUCGAACGAUAAUUACGAAGCCGAUAUCGUGCUUCGAUCGCAGCACGACAUUAUUGAUGGGAUUGGUUCCCUACACCUGCUCAAUAAUCUAUUCAAAUAUGCGUCGCUGUUCCUUGAAAACCCUGCUGCCGCAUCAGUCGAAUUCUGUUGUGAGUGGAAGAACUUGAGCCCUCCGAUGAGAGUGGCAGCUUCUAUCCCCAAUUCUCUGGAACCCCAGCAGCAAAUUCGACUUGAGGAAAUCUACAAAAGAAACUCUUCGCUGCGUCAGGGUGUUGAAAUUGCGACAGUGCCUUUCAAACGUGGAUCAGUGAUUCCCGAACGCCAUCAGCGAGUUGAACUCACUUUGAACCUUGAGGAAUCCAGCCAAAUCUUGAAAGCCGCUAAGAACAGCGGCGCUAGCGUGACACAUGUCUAUCACGCUGCCAUUGCUCUUGUGCUGAGGGACCUUCAGGAGCGGCGUCGCGAUGAACGAAAGGUUCGCUACAUCAGCUACUCCCUAAUCAACGAGCGCCCACUCUGUCAGGAGCCUUUUAAUUCACCCCAUCAUGCGGCAUCCGUAUACCACUCUGUUUCAGGACUCAGUCUCGCGAUUGAUUUGGAUGUACCCUCAUCGACCGGAGAACAAACACCGAUUACGAGCGCAGUUAGAAAGAACGAGUUCAUCGACAUCCUUGAGCAGGUCAAAAAAUACUACCUCACAAUCAGGAAUGACAAAGAACAUAUCGUGCUAGCUCCGUCUUACUGGGCUCACGCUACCCCUGAUUAUCCAACCGGGGCAACAAUGCCCCCUGUUCCAGCUCCCAACGAGGAGCCCUCGAUAUCUAUAUCUAGCUUGGGUGUCGUGGAUAAGAUACUAUCCUCGAAGCAUGGCGCAUUCAAUCUUGAGAGUCCAUGGGUGACCGGGGAAGAAUUGGGCACGGGGCUUGGUCUCUUCUUGGGAACUUUCCGUGGGCGCUUGUGUCUCAGCGCUGCGUACAAUGAUGCAUGGCACGAUGAGAGCGGAGUUAUGAAGGUUUUAAGGGAUUGCAACGAGCUUGUAGUGCACGGCCUCGGACUGUGA